UGGGCCGAGUCUCAGGGUCGAGGCGUAGUUUUAAGUGCCGUUCGAACUUGAAACUCCUAAGGUUAGGGUUACACGUCCUGGACACGUCGCCGCUGGAACAGCCAUGAACUCUAUAUUUAACCAUCGCCAAGGACCGUCAAUAUCCUAAGUUUUCUUCAAGCCACCUCGAACUUCACUGGUGCUUUCUGUUUCCUUCUUCAAGGGACAUUCUCUCUUUUCUUUUCUUUUGUCGGGGUCGUUAUACCCGUGUCGUUAUAUCGCAUACCAUGUCGUUCGUGAGGCUGGCCCUGUGUGUUGUAGGGGUAUACUCCAUGUUCUUGCUUUGGGCCAUUGCUCAAGAGCGAUUAUCUGUUCCAUUUAAAUCCAUAGAAGACAACUCGUCCGCGAAAUUCCAGUCGGCCAUCAUCAUUGGGACGUGUCAAAGCUUGUUGAGCUCUAUAUCCGCCCUAUUAUACAUUCUCCUUCGUCGGAACCCUUCACAGACUCUGUCUCAAAGUCUCGGCCUAGAAACAAAGAGCCAGCCGUUAUCGAACGGUGUAGCAGCUUCCAAUGGUGACGCUCAUCACAACGGGAACGCCCACCACAAAGGAAGCCCCUAUCACAAGCAGUCGACGCGAUUUUCUCGGAAGGCCCUCCUCGUCCGAUAUCUUCAGUGUUCCGCCUUCAUCACCGCCGCGGCACCUUUCGGCUUCGCUGCUCUCUCUUACAUCUCUUACCCUGCGAUGGUACUGGGAAAAUCAUGCAAGUUGGUUCCCGUCAUGAUCAUGAAUGUUGUCUUAUACCGUCGUCGUUUCGCUCCUCACAAAUAUCUUGUCGUGUUCAUGGUCACGACCGGAAUCACCGUUUUCAUGAGCAUGGGCAACGAUCAAGGCAAGGGCAACCACAAAUCUGCUGCGUUGGAGGAGAUCUCGCCCUAUGCCAACAUCAUAGGAAUCACAUACUUGCUCAUCAAUCUUGCUUUGGAUGGUGCUGUCAACUCUACCCAGGAUGAAAUUUUUGCGAGGCACAAGGUUACAGGCCAGCAGAUGAUGUUUUGGAUCAAUGUUUUCUGCACAUUGAUCACGACGUUCUUGUCCCUGCUCCCACUUCCUCAUAUUCCCGUCAUUCAUCCAUCGGCCGGGGGACGGAGUGAGCUGAUGGAGGCUCUGGCCUUCAUUCGAGCACACCCCUCCAUCGUGACUCCUCUGGCUCAGUUCGCCCUUACUGGCGCUCUAGGCCAGCUAUUCAUUUUCGAAACGCUUCAACACUUUGGAUCUCUCACUCUUGUAACUAUUACAUUGACACGAAAACUUUUCACGAUGCUAUUGUCAGUCGUGGUGUAUAAUCACAGUCUCACAGCUGGACAGUGGCUUGGCGCUGCCAUAGUAUUCACCGGAAUAUCUGUCGAAGCGUUUGUCAAACGUAAAGAUAUCCAUGCUAGACGAGUGAUCGAAGAGAAGGAAAAGCCCAAACUCAAGGCUCUAUAGAAAUAUGCCAAAAAUGGGAGGAGCAACCUAGGGCUUUGAAAUCGGAAAUACAGAGGGAAUGAUAGAGACAGAAGGUUCAUGACGGGGAUGCGAUGACUACGAUAUCUCCAUCGCGUUUGGGUCAUAGCUGCUACCGUUGUUUUCAACUAGUGUUCGUUUACGAUCCAUUCGGUCUUCAUCCCCUGGAUCAUCACCAUCGUCGUCCUCCUCCCUCUUCCUUCGUGAUACUCCGUUAUUACGAGUAGGAUAGGAUGACACCGCUUGAUUUGCUCGGUAGAUUGCUUCGUAUU